GCCAACAUGGCGGAGUUUCGGUAGCUCCGUAGUGACCAACGCAGCUUCACACGUAACGUCAGCAGUCACGGACUAAUUAUUAGAGAAAAUACGUCGUAUUCAGGCUUCGUUUCCUACUAUACUUGUAGACGGGACGUUUGUUGGAAGAAUUUGUCUGGCCACCGUCUCAGCAAUUGCGUUAGCCUACUGGCUCAGAAUCUCCAACGUCGCUGACAGACCUUAACGCUAGCUCAGUGACAGGGGGAGUAGCCUAUCCCGCAAGGGUGUCUCGGUUUCUGGGUUGGGGUUCCGGAGGAUCGUUGUGGAGAAAUGUUUCAAAGGUGAGCCCCGUGUGAUCAGGUUGAGGUGCCCUCUCCUCACACUCAUCCCCUCUCUGCUCCCUCCCUCCGGUUGCCGCGGCGACGAGAGCAGGCGUUGUGAUGUCGCUGGCGUCGGCCGUGCCCUCCCCCCCGCUGCCCCCUCUGGACGCGCUGGACGCGCUGUCGCUGUCGUCGCUGCUGUCCGGCGAGGAGGAGGACGGGGUGGCGGACGGGGAGCUGGGCGACCUGGAGGUGAACCCGUACGACGGGCUGCCCUUCUCCUCGCGCUACUACAGCCUGCUGGAGCAGCGGCGCCACCUGCCUGUCUGGAGUCUCAAGUACAGCCUGCUGGAGCACCUGGAGGAGCACAGCAUGGUGGUCCUGAGCGCGCCCAGUGGCUCCGGCAAGAGCACCCAGGUGCCGCAGUGGUGUGUGGAGUACGCGCUCUCGCAGCAGUUUGCUGACGGGCUGGUGUGCUGCUGUGAGCCGUACGCGGCGGCCGCCUGCAGCCUGGCGCUGCACGUGGCGGACGAGAUGGACCUCAGCCUGGGCCUGGAGGUGGGCUACUGCGUCCCGCACGACGACGCCUGCACCCCCGACACGCUGCUCAGGUUUGAGACGGACGCGCUGCUGCUGGGGGACAUGAUGGCGGACCCGCUGCUGCGGCAGUACGGGGUUCUGGUUCUGGACGAGGUGCAGGAGCGGACGCUGUCCAGCGACGUGCUGCUGGGGCUGCUGAGGGACGUGUGUGCGCAGCGGAGCGAGCUGCGCGUCAUCGUGCUGACCGACCCGCACACCGCCCCCGCCAUCGCCGCCUUCCUCGGGGACAACGUGCCCCUCCUGGCCCUCCCCCCCCCAGACCUCCCCCCCAGCCUGGAGACGGUGUACCGGGACCCCCCCGCCGGACGAGACCCCCCCGCCGCCUCCUGCCACAUGGUGCUGGACCUGCACCGCCGGGGAGAGGAGGGGGACAUACUCGUCUUCCUGCCCAGCGCUCAGGACAUAGAGGAGUGCGCCGCCCUGCUGGAGAAGGAGUGUGUUGCGCUCAGCCCCCAGCUGGGGAGCCUGCGUGUGCUGCCCCUACACUCGGCCCUAGGGGGCGCCACGCAGCACGUGUACGACAGCGAGGUCGAGGGUCAGGGGUCGGACGCGGAGGGCAAGGCUGAGGGGGGCGAGGAGGCCGAGGGGGGAGGUCGUCUGGAGGUCACCCCUGCACCUGCCCUCAGACGCAAGGUCGUCCUCACGGACUCCCUGGGCGAGGCCUCCUUCUCCAUGCCCAACAUCCGCUACGUCAUCGACACCGGCCUGCUGCUCAAGACUGUUUACAACCCACAAAUCAGAGCAGACUCGCAGGUGCUUCGGCCAAUCAGCAAGCACCAGGCAGACCUGCGCACUGAGCGCAUCAACAGCAGCGUUCCCGGCGUGUGCGUGCGGCUGUACCCGCGGGCGCUGUACGAGGAGGGCAUGGCGGAGUGGCGCUGCCCCAGCGUGGGGGAGGAGAACCUGUGCCACCUGGUGCUGCUGCUCAAGCGCCUCGACAUCGCCGACAUGGGCCAGUGCAAGUUCCUGGACCGGCCAGCCCCUGAGGCGCUGAUGCAGGCUCUGGAGGACCUGGACUACCUGGCGGCGCUGGAUAACGACGGGAACCUGUCGGAGGUGGGCAUCAUCAUGUCCGAGCUGCCGCUCGAGCCCUCGCUGGCCAAGGCCCUCAUCGCAGCAUGCGAGUUCGACUGCGUCAGCGAGCUGCUCACCAUCGCCGCCAUGCUCACAGCUCCUCCGUGUUUCCUGGUUCCUCCCCCAAAUAAGGAGGAGGCAGCGGCCACACACAGACGCCUGCUGCUGCACCCAGAGGGAGAUCACCUGACCCUCAUCAACGUCUAUAACGCUUAUAUUCAACACAAUGAGGACGAGGCCUGGUGCACUACCAAUUACAUCAAUGCUGCCGCACUACGAUUGGCUGUGCUCAUCAGGGCGGAGCUACUCGAGGUGAUGCAGCGAAUCGAGUUGCCCGUCUCUCCCACUGCAUUUGGUUGCCAGGACAACAGCACCAACAUCAAACGAGCCCUUAUCUCAGGCUUCUUCCUCAAGGUGGCUCAUGAUGUUGACGGCUCAGGUAACUACCUGCUGUUGACGCACCGUCACGUUGCUCACCUGCACCGGUUCUCCUUGUACCGCUGCCGCCGGCCGCAGCCUGCCCCGCCCACCUGGGUGCUGUACCACGACUUCACCAUCUCCCACGACAACUGCAUCCGCACCGUCUCCGAGAUACACCCCCACAUGUUGGUGGAGCUGGCCCCUCAGUAUUACCUUGGCAACCUUCCGUCCAGUGAGGGCAGAGACUUCCUGAUGGAGCUGCGGCAGAGCCUCUUGCCCCCCGACAACCCCGAGGGAGCUGAGGAAGGGGCAAAGGCCAGAGGUGAAGGGUCAUCCGACCCGCGGAACCAGGUGAGCACGGAGAUGUGCCUGAUCCAGUGACGCCCCACGGAACCCCGCGCUGGGCCUGCAGUGCACUCUGGGGGAACAAACUGGACCUUCCGUUCCACACCUCCCCAGUGGAGCUGUUCCACGCGCUCCUGUAAACGCCUGCACUUGAGGAAGCCGUUCUACAAGCACCUCCUUUAAGUGUGAAACCAUCAGGGUUGAACUGAAACAUUAUUUUUUAAACACAAACACUCUGCUUCAGAAGUAGAGGGGUGGAGGGAGGACAUUGCUGAUGGAAGAGGUUUUCAUCUGAUCUUUUUUGAGAGGUUUUCAUCUGAUCUUUCUUGAGAGACCUGGUUAAGCCAUACAGAGUGUGGUUCCAUAGAAAUGCGUAACUAUGCAGUGUCACACUGUAGCCCUUUUCAGACUGAGAAACGAUACAUUAGCGUUUAAGAAAUAGCGGGUUCAGGGGGAGUUCGCAGUGUGAAAGGUAGACGUGUUUUGGUCCUGGGUUGCCUGACGCCAGAGCUGAAGCCGAGUUCAGAGGCGAGUUUUGGGAGGCGUUGCUUAGCAGCACGUCACACGCAAUUUGGGAGUGAACAAUGACGUUAAGCAUGCCUUGGACCUCGGAGAUAAACUGAUAAACACAACUGUCAUGCUAGUGCUACGUGGUUUAGUUUCCAAAUGAUGGCAGGCCACUUGUUGUGAUAUUUGAAUGCCAAAUGAGGUCCUUUUGUCUGUCGAAGUUAUAUUUUAGUGUGCUAAGUCCUGAACGACUGCUGCCAUUUCAGUUAGCUCGUUGGCUAGUUAGCUAGCAUUAUAGCAACAAUAAACACUUGACCGAAGCGCUGAGAAAAGGAGGUUCAGGGCACUCUCAGCGUAAAAAUAUCUAUGGACACAGCAGCUAAAGUUGUCCUUGUCUCUGGUGUGUUUCCUGUAUUUUAACCUCCUGCCUUGCCAAAUACGUCAUCAGUCACACACCCCUAAUAGCGGGGUUGACCUUUUCCUUUCACAUUGAGCCCGCCUCGGCAAUAAUACUACCCCCCAAGACGGGUUCAAUUGCCGAGGCGGGUUGACUCCCCUCCCCGUGUCAGUCAGUGUGAAAGGAACAGCCUUAACGUUAAAUCCGGCUGAUUUAGCGUUAAAUUCGGUCAGUGUGAAAGGGGCUUGUGGUUAGAUCAUCUUCUGCCUUUUCUCCACCAUGAGCAUCAUGACGCCCCCUGGUGGAGACAGGAUUGAUAUUCAGGGCCCUGAGCCACCAGAGCGUGUUAGCCAGAGCGCUAAAGCCCUUUAUGUCUAAUGUGGUGCGUUAGCCAGAGCGCUAAAGCCCUUUAUGUCUAAUGUGGUACGUUAGCCAGAGCGCUAAAGCCCUUUAUGUCUAAUGUGGUGCGUUAGCCAGAGCGCUAAAGCCCUUUAUGUCUAAUGUGGUGCGUUAGCCAGAGCGCUAAAGCCCUUUAUGUCUAAUGUGGUACGUUAGCCAGAGCGCUAAAGCCCUUUAUGUCUAAUGUGGUGCGUUAGCCAGAGCGCUAAAGCCCUUUCUGUGUAAUGUGGCGCGUUAGCCAGAGCGCUAAAGGCCUUUGUGUCUAAUGUUGUGCGUUAGCCAGAGCGCUAAAGCCCUUUCUGUGUAAUGUGGCGCGUUAGCCAGAGCGCUAAAGGCCUUUGUGUCUAAUGUGGUGCGUUAGCCAGAGCGCUAAAGCCCUUUAUGUCUAAUGUGGUACGUUAGCCAGAGCGCUAAAGGCCUUUAUGUCUAAUGUGGUGCGUUAGCCAGAGCGCUAAAGCCCUUUAUGUCUAAUGUGGUACGUUAGCCAGAGCGCUAAAGCCCUUUAUGUCUAAUGUGGUGCGUUAGCCAGAGCGCUAAAGCCCUUUCUGUGUAAUGUGGCGCGUUAGCCAGAGCGCUAAAGGCCUUUGUGUCUAAUGUGGUGCGUUAGCCAGAGCGCUAAAGCCCUUUCUGUGUAAUGUGGCGCGUUAGCUAGAGCGCUAAAGGCCUUUGUGUCUAAUGUGGUGCGUUAGCCAGAGCGCUAAAGGCCUUUAUGUCUAAUGUGGUGUAGGAGCCAGAGGUCUCGGAGGCGUUGUGUGUGUGUGUGUGUGUGUGUGUGUGUGUGUGUGUGUGUGUGUGUGUGUGUGUGUGUGUGUGUGUGUGUGUGUGUGUGUGUGUGUGUGUGUGUGUGUGUGUGUGUGUGUGUGUGUGUCCGUCCUCUGGGUGAAGGUGCAAUACAGAAGGUCUGCAGAUGCUGCUCAUGUCACACACAUUUCCAUCGUAAUAAAUAAUAACGUUUUCCUUCUCAGCGGUUCUGCGUACGUUUUCCGUCUCAGCGGUUCUGCGUAGCGGAAGCGAUCCAAGAAUUUCUGUUUGUUAGCAUGGAGGAGGUGGGUGGGGACAACCCAGCAUGCACUUCUUUCAUGCACCGAUAAGCAGAACAAUAUAAUCGAGUCCCACACUCAACUCUCACACCGCCACGACUUCUACUCAAGCAGCCAGCAGCCAGCAGCCUUCUGAAAUGAUGUUUUAAUGUGUCAUGAAUUUUCUCUCACAAGAUGCAAUCAAAGAACACACACACACGAGAUGCGCAGAAUACACACCGUUUGGUGAUGCUGAUGUAGCUGUGCUGUUUGCUGUGUUCGUGCCGGGCGGGUAAGCCUCAUAGAAGACCGUAGGAUUCCAGCGGUGUUCUGCCACUUGAGAUCGUUCUCGUCUUUCACACUGAGGUGGCGGUAUUGGGAGAGCUGAUAUCGGAAUGCUCCCCUGAGGUGGGCGUGGCUUCCUGAGAGGACGGGAGAUGAUGUCCAAGUCGAGUGUCGCCAUGGCGUCCGAGAGUUCAGAGCAGGCCGGUUUUUAAAAACAUUUCUGCUGACAGAAAAGCUUUUUUUCACAACCCAGGAUCAUAGCUCUGAGUGGUUUCAAGCCUGUUUGGAUGAUGUUGAUGUAAAGAACAUGAUCGCAAAAUCAAACCGGAAUGACCAUAGCUGUAUAGGCCCAAACCAUAAAGACUGACCAUAGCUGUAUAGGCCCAAACCGUAAUACCGUAGACAUUCCCUACUUCCCUAUUCCAUACUUGUAGUGAAAUGAGAUUAUGGCUGUCAUGUGUCAGUUUUAAAUCAUGUUCAUGUGGCAGUUGAUACACCACGUCUCAUUUCAGGUUAUUUCUGUAUGUUAUACGAGUCUUCGCCUGACCUUCUGCCUGAGAACUACAUCCAUAUAAUUAUACAGUGAGGCACAUAGGCUUUUGAACCCAUGCUUAAGUUGACUAAAAAGAGGAAUAUAAAAUCAUCUUUUGGAAGUUGAUCUUCACUGAGAAAUUGGUGUCCUUAAAGGUUGGAUAUUUCCUCAUUUUGUUUUACUUGGGGCAUUAAGAUCAGUUUCCAAAAGAUGAUUUUAUGUUUCCCCUUGGGAAUCAAUAAUAAAGUAUCUAUCUAUCUGGUCCUCUUCUCAGUCAACUUUAGCAUGGGUUCACCUAUGAGCCAUAUACAGACUACAUCCAUCAGAACGUCUGCCUUGUUUGACAGGAGGGCCUAAAACAUUCAAGAUUGGCUAAAAGUAGAAUUGGAUUGCAAAAUUCAAAUGUUUUUUGAACACAUAUGCUGGUAGUCCACUCACUCUGGGCUUUCAUGGGGCCCAUUUUAGGCCAUUUUGUAUGAUGUUCCAUUGAAUUCAGUUUGGUUUGUACUGUUUGUCUUUUUGCCUCAGAAAUUUUCUCUAUUGUUUUAAAAACCCUGAUAUUUUUGUGUGUAAAUUAUGGGAAUCAAAAUAUAUAUGUUGCAGUUGGAAGUUGGAACUUGGAAAAAUAAAAACCUUGUAUCUGCUGACGAGUGUGGUAUACCAUAUCGUCUUAGUUAGCUAUACUGCGUCCAUUAAAAUGCAUUCAUAAAUGA